GAUUAAAAACUAGACCAAUCAAAAGAAGUGCUUCUUGUGAAUUUGCUGCAGUUUCCUUGUUGUGAUAAGAAUUGAUUCUAUAAGUUAAACCACAAGUGAAACUAAAUUCUAUAAGGAUUUGAUUUUUGUACGAACAUUUAUACGUUAUGACUUCAAGAACUGUUAUAGCAUUGUUAAUGUUAGCAUGUUUUUCAUUUUUAAACGGUGAUAUGUCAACGCAUUCAAUCAAGUUAAAGCGUACGCAUGAUUUUUCGAUAACGGAUAUUAUUUCCGAAGAAAAUAGAACAAGGAUUCAUCUGGAAAGAUAUUUACUCAAUCUUGAAAAUGAAUUUGCCAUCUUGAAAAACGAAAUACAGAUUACAAAGCGGAUGGAUAUUAAACGCGACCAAGAGAUGCAGAACCUAAGAAGUGAAUCCGCCGUUUUUAAACAGAUUUUGAUGACACUUAAAGAAGAAAUUCAUGAUAUACGUGCAGAAAAUAGGCAGCUUCGAUCUGACCUUAGUGCUUACGAAAAUGUAACUAAAAAAGUAAACGACGACUUGGUCGUUUUGAAACAUUCAGACAGUACGAUGAACUUGGUUACCGUCGGACAUCUUCAGAACGAGGUUACCGUAGUAGCGUCAAAAAUUGCACCUUUAGUAGAACAUAUCAAAACAAGUAGGAUUGAUGUGACAAAUUUACAGGAUCAGAUAAAAACGGCUUUCACACGUAUAAAUGAGCUGAAUACGAGUUGCAAUGACCAUCAAUUAUUUCAAAACUCAACGUACCAUGAGUUUGAAGAUCAGAUUAAGAAAUUAAACCUUACAGUCCAAGAUAACCAUAACAUCAUAAAAUCUACAAUACCAGGUAUUGAAUCAAGAGUAGAGAACCUCACCAAACUUCAAAACGAGACUACAGAUCAUAUUGAAGACGAGAUUGCAGAUUUAAAUCAUACAGUUGCAUUAAGUUCGUGUGCAGCUAAUGGCAGUUACUCACAAGGAGACGUAAUUCACUUCCCACAUACUAUUAGUUCAGCAGGAAUUUCUAGCUUGAGUACGUUUUCAAGUAGUGGACUUUACACCUGUGAGUUUCCGGGAUUAUAUUUUGUUUCCGUCUACCUUAUGUCUUAUUCCCAGUUUGCAUCGUUCUACGUUCUUAAAAAUGAAAAUCAACUCACGCAUGUCUACAUAAAAGGAAGUGACGCAUUUGGCGCCAGAAGUCAUUACGCUACCGGAACCUCUGUACUAGCUGCACAUCUGGAGGCCGGAGAUACUAUCGUCAUCAAGGCUGCAAACCAGAUGUACGUUUAUGGAAAUCCUCAUUCCUGUGUUACAAUUUUCAAAUUGAAAUAAAAUGUUACUUCUUA